CUCUCAAAGAAGGAAAAUCUAUCAAUUUAACGAAAAAUCAAGUUACUUUCUGUAUUAACAGUGAUACAAUUAACUACGUUGGAAAAUAAAGGAAAACGUAAUUGAAAUGAGGACAUUAAUCAACACUGGAUCAACUGAAUCAACUGAAUAUCUCUCAUCGUUUCCGUUAUUUACCUUGAUUGUUUGGCUCAAUUAGUGAAUAAUAGAUUUCCAAGACUUCUCUAGAGGCUCCUCGGUGAAUCUUGUUAAUUCUGAAUGAUUAAUCAUAUUACUUUCCUUCUGUCAUGGUAACAAUUCACUAACCAUGAUGAAAGAAUCACUCUAAUUUUCACUGGAAUUAUAAAUUCCAGAAAAUUCAUCAUUUCAUUCAAAUUGAAUAUAAAGUCAACUCCUUCCAAUCAAAGUCAAUCACAAUCGAAAGUAAUUCCGACAAAGCAACAACAAUCAACGUGAAAACUAUUUUUUAAAUCUUGUGUUUACCUUAAUUUUCAGUUUCUAUUUUCCUGUUUAAACUUAAUUCUAAUUAAUCUUGUCAAUCUUGAUACGUUCAUCAAAAUGGUUUUUCCUCAUCAUACAAUUCCAACAAAUCCAAUGGUAUUCAAUCCCUGUGGUUUCGGUAAUAUGGUUCAUCGAAAUGUUUGGAAUCAUACAGCUCAGAUUUUACGAGAAAUUAAUCGGAUGACUAAUCAAAUCCACGAUAAUUUGAUUCAACCCAAUGCUGAUUGUAGCUCAUCCGCUUCGGCUUCUGGAUCAUCGGCUUGUGCUUCGUCCUCAUCAAAAUCCAAUGUCAACUCAAUCAAUGGCGAUACUUUUGAGGUGAAAGUUCAAGUUGAACAUUUCAAACCCGAAGAAAUUAGUGUUAAAUUACUUGAUACUAACAAUUUAGUCAUUGAAGGUAAACACGCGGAGCGAUCUGAUGAUCAUGGCUUCAUUUCUCGAUCAUUCAGCCGACGUUACAUUAUCCCGGAUAUUUAUGAUAUCGAAAAACUGGAAUCACAAUUAUCCCUUAAUGGUGUUCUUACAAUUAAAGCUCCACGAAAACCAAUUCAAGGUUCUAACGGUGAAAAAAUAAUUCCAAUUACAUUAACUUCCAACAUAUCAUCUGUUGAUCAAACUAUCGACAAACCAACAUCAGAAUCUAUUCCAGUCACCAUGUCAACAUCAAGAGAUGAUGAUAACCAAACCACCAUCGUUGAGGAUUCAAAUCAAAAGGAAUCUGAAGCUUCAUCCAAAAAUAACUAAUUACUAGUCAAUUGAGUCAAUCUGAACAAUUACUAGCAAUUAAUAAUUAUCUCUGUUUACUCUCUGUGUUGUCAAAUACAACCAUCUGAUAAUUUAUGUGAAUUGGUAAACAAAGGCGAAAGAAAAAGAUGUUUAAUUAAAUUCCGAUACAAUUAAUCAAUAAACUAAUUAAAUUCUAAAAUGUAAUCCAAUCAAUUAUUAUCUUGAAAGAAAUAAAAUUCUAAAAGUCAAAAUUUAA